GAGAAAAAACGAAAUGAGGGGAUUUCCUGAGAGGCCUGCAGUGUGAUAGUUGCCUCGCUGCACUGCUCGAAAUCGUAAUCAGGAAAUUCCAACCUGGGGUCAUUGCAGCCACCGGCACUCCAGACUGCUUCGAGACGAGCAGAAGGUCCCAGCUCUUCGUUCUGCUCAUAUUUUACAUUCAAUUUGAGAAAUUGCUGCUGUGGUUUUCUUUGUUGUAUAUUUUAGAUGAGAACAGAUUUGAGCAUCAUCAUCAUCAUCAAGCAUGGAUUUUUACGUUACCCACUGUCUUCUUCUUCUUAUCGUCGUGAUUUUGGUCAGAGACGCUGUCACCUCGACCCUGAGUGUCACUGUGCCACCUCUGGUGGAAACUAAGCUGGGCAGUGACAUCAAAAUCCCAUGCGACUGGAGACUUGCAGAUGGUGAACACCUGGACCAGUCGAAAAUAACCUUGACGUGGUAUUGCGUGAAAGACCAGAAACCUGCAACCAGAUUAUGUUACAGGCAAGGCCCCAUAAAAUUAUUUGAAAAUCGCCAUAUUUUAUCUUUUGAUGUUGACAAAGAUUUCACCCUCAUCAUCAAGAGCGUGAGGUUUGACGAUGAAAUGAAGUUCACCUGCAAGGUCAGUUCUGGCAAGUUUGGAAUAUCGGAAGCCACUGCACAGGUCAAAGUGUUUGCCGAACCAGAAUUUGAACACGAGGUGUCGGACCAAGUCGUUGACCUGACGCAGCUCGAGGCCAACGACAGCGUGGAGAUUGGGACAUGCGUUUUAAAGAAUGGCCACCCCAAGCCAUCAUCGGUGAUCUGGUACAAGAGUGAAAUCCCCAUUCUGCACGAGAAUAUCACUGAAACCGUGACCGAGGAUUCUGGCAAGUGGACCGUCCGAUCUACCUUGAGAUAUAAACCGAGAAUACACGAUCAUGGAUCGCAGUUCUUCUGCAAGGCGUCGUACCAAAUUCCUGGAGAGUCCAUCUCCAUGAUGUCUUCCAAAGCGACUCUGAUUCUGAUGUAUCCUCCAGCGAAUGUGUUCAUGACAGUGGAGCCUCAACGCGGAAAUGUUCAGGAGGAUGGAAACGCCACGCUCACAUGCAACGCCAACGCAAACCCUCCGCCCAGCUACACAUUUUACAAGAUGCCGGAUACAACCAAGCCGAUUACAAAGGGCGUGAAUGGAAGUCGGCUCCACCUGGCUGGCAUCACGAGGUCACAGAGUGGCAAAUACAGAUGCCAGGUGACAUGGCGAGAUAGGACCAUGACCAACCUGGAACCAGGCACUGCGUCCAUCACUGUGUCCUACCAGCCAGUGGUCACUUUGAAAAAUGAAUCCACCGUUAUGAAUGGUUGGAAGCGUUUCUCUUGCACGGCCGUGGGACAUCCCAGACCUACCAUCGAGUGGAAUCCCUCCAAAGAAACGACAACAGCUAAAGUGAUCAAUGAAACGACGGUCAUGGAUACAAUCGUGAUUUCGGAAUCAGCAGAGAGUGCAGGAGUCACUACUUGCAUCGCGAGGAACUCCAUUGGGACAGCAAAAGGCCUUAUCUUCCAAAAACAAUCAGUGGAUCGUUUGUCUUGGCUGAAAGAUAUGUGGAAAGAAGCAUCAGCUAUUGCCGGGGGAGCACUCAUUGUUUUGGUGGCUUCCAUCAUAAUCGCCGUCGUCUGCUGCAAAAAAUGCUCUCGGAAAAAAAGCUCGGAAGUUGCUUCAACAAUGCACGAAGUGAAACCCGAAAGCAGCAACGGCAAGGAGGCUGCUGGUAACGGCGUCGCGGUGAACAUCCCUCAAGACCACGCGCACUAAACAGCGGCAAGCGUCAUCGUUGGGCCUUCGAUGACUCGCUCGUCGUUACAAUUCAGGGGCGUUCGUCUCUUUGGAAUAAUUCAUCAUGAGUGUGGCAUUGCGACGCCUAAACUAGGCCGCGUGGGUGAUAUAGAACUUAGACACAAAAUAAACAACAAUCGAUGGUCAACACGCUUGAUUCCACGCGUGCUUCGUGGGCGUAAGGGUCGAUUUUAAUCGGCGAUUCGAUGCUUCGUUAUACACCGGAUGCAAUGCGUCGUCGUGGUGAAAAAAACAACCACGUUUUGCCCCAAAAAUUUGAAAACCUCAAUUUGAUAAAACCAUCACAGCAGCAGCAGCCAUUACCCUCCUGCCGUGAAAACCUCGCAUAGGGGUCGGCAACCGAAAUAACGACAAGAUACAUUCAUUUCUAAUUCAGUAAAUUAAAAAAACAUAAAUAUUUCCACGAGUCGGUGGCCUCCUCCAUAAUCGACUGGCCACGAGGCAAAGUCCUCGAGGAGGCAGACCGCGUGCGGUUGCAGAGUCGAAGGCUGACGACUCCCUGACCUGGCAGGGCCCUCCUGGGGGGGAAAUUAACGAACCAGUUUGAGACUCAGUGAGGCAUUUCUGGGUGAACAAGCGUGCUAAUAACGGCAAUUGACUGCCAUCAAGGUGCGCCUGACAAAAAUACAAACAACAUCCCCACGGCACUGAAGGAGGGCCACCUUUUCUGCUCGUAUUGCUGUGACAUUUGCGAGACGCAAUUUGCUUGUGGUGGCCACAUUCUGCAAUCGUCAACGAGGUGUGGUGACACUUGGAAGGCGUCUUUUUGCUGGUGUCGCGUAAACAGAAGGUGGCCAAUUCGUCACUAGUACAGCACGCCGGUGUGUUGGUCGCGAAAGCCAACGUGUCACACCGGACUUGCAAUCUUGACGUCGCCGGUUCGUACGGUCUGUAUGUGUGUCGGUGUUCUUCACGAUAUUUCAGAGUGCCGAAUUAUCCGAGUAGCAAAAGUAGCGACAUAUGUAGUAGCUACGGGCCCCGCACUUUCAAGGGCUCCGCGCUAAAUGCUUUCAAGCUAUCAAUUUCGAUUCAGUGAUUCUGCACUUGCUCUAUUACUAUAGUACUAUACCACCUGCAACUUUUAUGAACGACUGGGUGUUAUCGGUUAGCGAUUUGUCGUAUUAUCUGGCUGUAUAGCAAAUGGAAAAAUACAAUUACUUUACGAUGCAAGUUACAUAAAUGUAUGUGUUUUAAUAUUUACGUAUUUUAUUUUAUUUAGGGCCCGUUAAUAAAAAACGCUACAGGCCUCGCACUAGCUUCAUCCGCCACUGGUGGUGGAUGUUGGCUUUCGCCGAAAGGCAUCGAAAGUGCGAGGGCCGCCACACCAUUUGAAACCAUUGGGGUUUGUGACAGAUCGAUGAUGAUGACGAUGGUGGUGGCGUUAUGUUGUCGUGGGGAGCGGUGGUGCAGCUGUUAGCGCGCUGCCCUACGAACCUGGCAAUCCGGGUUCGAUUCCCGCUCACGGCCAACGCCAGUGACGAUUAUCUGAACAGGUCCUGGGCCUCCCCUAGGUCGACUCAGCCUCAAAUUGAGUACCUGGUGCGGUGUGUAAAUAUCGCCAUUGGGGAGACAAAGGCGGCCGGGCGUGGUGUUGGUCACCCACCCCCCUGUGCGCCGUGCCGGCCUUCAUAGGUGCUCGCUAACAGCACUUGCCCCUACAGUCUGUUAAGGCUAUACGGGGGAUCUUUGUCCUUGGGGUGUGUUGUCACGUGUUGUGUACUGUCAGGGGCCGCACCUAAGGCCACUAGGGGCCGCACGGUGGCCUUGCAAUGAAGGACUUCUUUCGCGCCGUACCUAAGCCAACCGUGCUAAUCGGGGGAUGUGCGGUCGAUCUCCGGGCGCGGCAGUUGCAACUAUGGGAACGUUUCUUGAAUCCCUGCUCCCUCCCUCCCUCCCCGCCUCUCUAUUUAGCCAGCAGUGUAAAUGAGUACAAACCACAAUCGAUGGGCAGGUCGAUUGUGAUGGGGUAAAGUGUGGGUACCCUUAUAUCUUCCAAGACAUCCGGUGCGUUUGUUGUGCUUCUGCCAGGAAUAAUUGCCAUUGUAAGACUGUACAUACUGUGUUCCUUAUUCUAUUUUUGUUGUUUUAAAUUAAUGUUUGCGAUACUUGAGCACAAUGAAAUACUCAACAUUGGCAGUAGGCAUUUGCGUGUGUGUCUGUGCAUGUGUCAGAGGUCGCAAACGGGUUUUGAUUCCUUACCCGUACCCGUACCCGGCCGCAUCAGGGUCGCAAAUGGGUACCCGUACCCGGCCGGGUACAGGUAGCCGUAUCCUACCCGUACCCUACCCGAAAUGAGUGACAAACGGUGAGUCACCAGUGACUCACGGCCUACCCGUACCCGGCCGCACCAGGGUCGCAAACGGCUACCCGUACCCGUACCCGGCCGAGUACGGGUAGCCGGGUAUCGGGUAGGGUACGGGUAUCGGGUACCCGAUUGCGACCUCUGGCAUGCGACCAGAUUGGUAUAAUUUAAUUGAACAGGGCAUAAGCCUGGGGUGCGUCUUACUCUCAGGAGCAUAAUAUGUCUCAUCAUCAUACCGGAUUUGACUGCUCAUGUCUUAAAAUUACCAUCACCGGUCUUGGGCACCAGCACCAUUAACGUGAGCAGAUCCACAGUAUUUGCUCGUACUGCUAUUCACUUAGAAUUGCUUUGUUAUUUUCUAAACUAUUCUGCGGCUGCACCGUUGGUCGUGAGUUCACGUGGUUGUGCUGUGCAGAUCUCCGAUGUGCGUUUUCGGGUCGUGCCGCGCAUUUGAUUUGCUCGGCACGAUGUCCGACGUUUCGCUGCACGUGCUGGGAGCUUCUUCAGGACGAAGCUGGGGGAGAGGCUCCCAGCACGUGGAGCGAAACGUCGGUUAUCGAUAAUAGAGGUUAAUGUGUCGUUAAACCCGCCACCGCCCAAUACAGCCAGUAGUUAAUAAACUUUGUGACGAAAACAAAACAUGCCAAUUAGUCACUACUUCAGCACAACGGUUUGUUGGAGAGUAAAUCCACAAUAUUUACUAUUCGAGUGCUACGUUCAUUAUAUUCGGGUUUCACGACGCAUUUAUAUUUACGCCAUUAUAACCCUCGAAAAAAAACAACCUUUAUUACGGAUAAUAUUGGUUCGCGAAAGCCUACGGGGCAAAUAUGGAGAGCAACUUUUCUACCGUUUUAAUGUUUUUCGCCGGGGUAUUUACGGUGGGUGUUCCAGGUAUCCUGGAGUCAUCACCAAACGCAACAAAAAGAGUCUUGAAAACCAAUGGAGCUUGCUUGAGUAAAUAUUUUAAUUAAGCACUGUACUUUUAGAGAUAGUUUACGUCGGAUUCUAGAUUUGAAGCUUUCGUGAUUGCAAGGAUUCAUACUCUUUGGUUUAAAGUCACGUAGGUAAACCAAUAAAUAAAAUAAUUUAUUUUGUUUUAAUGUAUUUUAUUUUUUGUUUUACCUACGUGACUUUACCGGAAAAAAACCAAGGAGUAUGAGUAUUCACAUCGGAUGUCUCUUCCUCCUUUGGCGAUCUUUUUUUCGCUCGUAAGUGCGAAAACUUGCGACGGAGUAAACACCGUCACAUUCUUAUUUUGUACUGCAUAAUGAGCACGUGCCGUUAUUUUCAACGAAGUGAAUAAAUAUGCAUCUGUC